ACAUAAUGUAGAGGUCUGACUAAUUUUUCCUAUAUAUAACCCUUGCCAACUUCAUUUACUUUGUGCCUUCAUCUAGAUCUCUCUCAAAUGCUUAGUAGUUGAUCAUACAAUGCAUAGCCUUUUCAUCUGGGUCACUUCUCUUCUCUUUUUCUUAUGUUCUUUACUACUGAAAACCAAGAAAAAUGUUGAAAUUAAACAAAAGAAUAAUAAGCUUAAAAUUGUUCCUCCUCCAGGUCCUCCAAAGCUUCCCUUGUUGGGCCAUUUACACCUCAUUGGCUCCCACCCUCAUCGCUCCUUAUGCAAACUUUCAAGAACACAUGGCCCCAUCAUGCUCCUCAAAUUUGGCUCGGUCCCGACCGUCGUCAUCUCUUCAGCGCCCGUCGCACAAGAGUUGUUCAAACUCCACGAUCUUGCUUCUUGCAGCCGCCCUCACUUAGCCGCCACCGCAAGAUACUCAUACAACUUCUUAGACCUGAUUUUUUCCUCAUACGGCGAUCGCUGGAGGGAGCUUCGAAAGAUUUGUAUCGCCACGCUCUUUAGUCCAAAACGUGUUCUAUCUUUUCAGCAUAUUAGAGAAGGAGAAGUCAAUCUACUAUUGAAUUCCAUCUCUCAAUCCUCAGCUUCUUCAACUUCAGUUGAUUUCAACGCAAAAUCUUAUUCUCUCACGGCUAAUAUCUUGACCCGCAUUGCGUUUGGGAAGAGCUUUAGAGGGAGUGAACUGGAUAAUGGGAAUUUUGAAGGGGUUAUUCAAAGAGCAAGCGCGGCAUUGGGAAGCUUCUCGGCGAGUGAUUUCUUUCCUAGUUUCGGGUGGAUAAUUGAUCGGCUCACCGGUGUUCAUGGGAGGCUGGAGAAAAGCUUUGCGGAGUUGGAUGCUUUUUUAGAACAUGUAGUCAAGGAUCGUGAUGAGUUUUGGACGGCUUCUCAAAAGGAAGAAAAUAUUGUCGAUGUUUUGUUGAGAAUGGAGAGAGAUGGCUAUGAAUUUGAUGGAGUCAAAUUCACCGGAGAUUGCAUUAAGGCACUUCUCAUGGAUAUAUUUCUAGCUGGAGUGGAAACAGGAGCAAACAUAAUUAUUUGGACAAUGGCAGAGCUUGUUAAGAAUUCAAAAGUGAUGAAGAAGCUACAAGAUGAAAUCAGAAGCUCCAUAAAACAAGAUCAUGUGAAGGAAAGCGACCUCGAAAAGCUUCAAUAUCUAAAAAUGGUGGUGAAAGAGGUUUUAAGGCUUCAUGCACCUGUCCCACUUCUCCUCCCAAGAGAAACCAUGUCGCAUUUUAAGCUCAAUGGUUAUGAUAUUGAUCCCAAAACACAUGUUCAUGUGAAUUUAUGGGCAAUUGGAAGAGACCCAGAAUGUUGGACAAAUCCACAAGAGUUUUUUCCAGAGAGAUUUAUGGGAAGCAAUAUUGAUUACAAAGGACAAAAUUUUGAGUUAAUACCAUUUGGAGCUGGUAGAAGAGUUUGUCCAGGAAUGAAUAUGGGGAUUGUAACUGUAGAGUUGGCAUUGGCUAAUAUGUUGUUGUGUUUUGAUUGGAAAUUGCCAAAUGGAAUGAAAGAAGAAGAUGUUGAUAUGGAAGAAGAAUUUGGUAUUACAGUUACCAAGAAAUCACCUCUUCAACUUCUUCCAAUUCCUUACUUAAACUCCAAUUAAUACUUCAUCAUCCAUAUGUCAUGGAAAACAAAACUUACUCUAAUAUUAGGCCUUGCCUAUUCUGUUUAUUGUAAUUUAGAAUCCUAAAAUAUUUAUGUAAUGUUUUUUUUUUUUUUUUUAAUAUGUAGUAAGUUAAAUAUCAUAUGUGAUAUAUAUAUAUAUAUAAGAUUGACCAAAAAUUUAA